UCAUCAGCUUUUUUUUGAUCUUCGAUUCGUUCAUUAGACAUUCCUGUACUUUGAUUAUCGCUAGAACAUAAUCUCAAGGUCACGAGUAUGCCUUUCCAAUUAUCAAGGGUUUGUCUUUUGACAUUGUUAACUUUCGAACGAACCAGAUUCAUUAUCAUUUAGGUUAGAUGGUCAUUCGAAUAUAUAUUUAGAAUGGCAUUGAUGUUAUUUUAUUUAUCUGAUUGUUAAACGUAUACUUAACAAUCAAAUACUAUGUAUUUAGGAUAUACUUAGAAAAAUAGCUGAAGCGAAUGUUUUUGGGAAGAAAAGUUCUUUCGUAAGUUCACAAAACUCUUUCUUUUUUUUUUGUAACGUCAUAAACGAUAAAUAACCAAUAGAUAUCUUUCAUAUAAGAAAAAUAAGUAAUCUUGAAGAGUCAUCUAGCGGGACGUAUCUUGAAAUACAUUUUCAAAACUAAUAUUUUACAAUAUAAAUCGUAAUAAUGUUAUCUCGAUCUUAUUGUUAACAUUUUUUUGUGUUUAUAUUCUAUUCAAAAAUUUUUAUCGAUAAUUAAUAAUUUGUUGAGCAUUCAGUUUACUUUAUAUGUGCGUGUAAAUAAAUUGUAAUAUCUUCCACGUGGGUUUGCUUCGGUUCAAUGUCAUUUUAUAAAAUAAUAAAUAUUGUUUGUAACAAUGGGUCGUAAAAUUCCGGGAAAGAAACAUCGUGGCGUCAAGGAUCCUGAAAAACAGCGUGCUAAACGACUAGCUGAGUUAGAAACCAAAAUAAACGCUCCGCCGAAGGAUGUCCAAGAGCAAGCUAUACCAAAAAGUUUAGAAAAUCUUAUUAAGCUUAAGGAAGCAGUUAAGUCAGGUAGAAUAAGUAAAGUGAAGAAAGUCAAAAAAAGAAAGAAAAAUGGAUUAAUAUGCGUAGGCGGUGAAAAAUCAAAGUCGUUACAUCCUAAAUCACAACCAGAGAAAGCAGUUCCUAUAUUUCAACAAAAACCCGACGAAAGUAAUAAUCGAUUUUUUUAUCGUGUCAGUCAAGAAACUCAUGCUUUUCUUAAUGAAACUGCCUUUGAAAGGAAAUACAAUGUCAUUGUAAAUAGAAAUUCUGAUACCGGGGAGGUCGAAGGUCUAUCUAAACGUCCUAAAAAUGAGUUGGAUGAAUUAGAGAGAUUAAGAGCAAAACAUAAAAAUAUUAGAAAAAAGAAAAAGAAUAAAGAAGGAGAAGGUGAUAUGAACCUUACUAAAUCUCAAAAAAGAAGGCAGAAGUUGCUGAUUAAAAAGAAAAAAAAGGAGGAAGAUUUAAUUGACAAUUUUAAAACAUUUCAAGAUGAAGUGAAAUUUGGAGAAACAGUGCAUGCACCGCCUGAAUUAGUUACCAGACCUAAAAAAGCUAAUCUUACGGAUAAUAUCAAGCCAGGAAAGAAAAAUUUACUUUUACAUUCCUUAUUCACAAAGAAUGGUUCAUCUAGUAGCAAUUCCACAAAAUCAGUCACCAUUGAUAGAACUGGUAAACGUAAAAAUCUACCAACUAGCGAAAGGAGACAACUGGAAAAAGAACAAAGCAGUGUUAUUGCGGCGUACAGACAGUUGAAAGCCAGGCAGUCUGCUGAUGUUCAUACUUAGGUUGACACACGCGUUAUCUAGAGAUGGAUCGAGACUGAUGGAGGGCACCUCUUUUCAAACUGGGCCAAAAGGGAACACGUUGUUGCUCAUUUGGAAGUUGCAAUCUCGGGAUAAGAAUCAUCACGGAAUGCAUUGGCAAGAGUAAGCGAGCUCUCGUGCGCGUGCGAGAAAGAGAGGGAGAGAAAGAUAGAGAUGAUAGGAUGGUAAGCAUAAAAGAGACAUUAAAUUUGAAUUGUUCGUACGGCAGUGCGUCACUGACCGCAACUUAGAAACAUAGACUUAAAAAAAAAACUUAAAA